GUGGACAUUAGUUUGGCUCAAGAAAUGAUGCAACUGUGGACAAUAAAAAUAAAAGGUUAAAAUCUAGCUACUGAGCAAGAUGUGGCUAAAGCUUGUGAUAAAGUUUAACUUUCUCAUCAAGUGUUCUAACUAAAUUUGGCUUCUCAUAGAAAACUUAUUAUGCAAACCUUUCUGUAUUGGUCAAUGGUGUCUCAAUUUGCUUUUUCCGAGCCAUGAGAGGAGGUGAGGAGAUAAACAAAGAAACCCCCGACCCUCAAUUUGCCUCAAAAGCCUUUCCUAGAAACUCAAACACCUAAAUUAAGAAAAGUGAAAUGCUAAAACCGAUGCUGGCUUGCUGCAAAAUCUACAUCUCCGAGAGCAGAAACCGAGCCGCGCUCGAAUCGAUUGAAAGAGCGGCCAAGCUUUUCCCAGGGGUCGCCAUUAUCAAUAAGUUCGAAGAUGAGAUUUACAAUAGAGUCGGGUACACCAUCGUCUCUAAUUUGGCUCCUCGAGGCCCGCCCAUUAAGCAACAAUGUCCAUUAAAGAACGCGGUUCUGGAGAUGGUCAGAACUGCUUUGGACACCAUUGACCUUCAAUUGCAUUAUGGGAAUCAUCCUAGGGUUGGUAUUGUUGACCACAUCUGCUUUCACCCAUUGGCUGCCACUACUUUAGAAGAUGUUGCUGGAACUGCGAAGUCUUUGGCAGCUGAUGUUGGCUCAAGUCUUCAAGUUCCAACCUUUUUAUAUGGAGCAGCACAUGGAGAGGGGAGGUCUCUUGAUUCAAUCAGACGAGAGUUAGGAUAUUUUAGACCUAAUGCCCAGGGGAACCAGUGGGCCGGUGGGAUGAUUUCAGAUACGCUGCUCGUGAAACCAGAUGAAGGUCCGAAUCAAGCAGUUAUAUCCAAAGGCAUUAUCGUGAUUGGAGCAACCGGGUGGGUGGAUAACUACAAUAUUCCUGUCUUCUCCAAUGAUAUCAAUGUUGUUCGUAGAAUUGCAAAGCGGGCUAGCGGCAGAGGAGGCGGGCUGACAUCGGUGCAAUCUAUGGCACUUUGUCACACAGAAGGUGUCAUUGAGGUGGCUUGCAACUUGCUGGAGCCAAACAAAGUUAAUGGCAUUCAAGUUCAACUGGAAGUUGAAAGACUUGCCAAAGAAGAGGGUGUGUGUGUGGGCAAGGGGUAUUAUACUGAUCUUCCACAGGAAAACAUAGUAGAUAGUUACUUGAAAUUGGUAUAAGAUGUACUCCGUAUCUUUCUUUCCAAACUUCAAUAUAUUCUUUUCAAAACUGCUGUUACCUAAAAUCCAUCAUUGCCAUGGCGCCCACACCUUACUUUGUUGCCUAUCUUUUGCUAUAAUAUAUUACUCCCUCCGUCCCAUAUUAAACUCAUAUUAAACUCAUGAGAGAGAAAU